CGGCACUAUUAUGCCUUUUCUUGUGGUAGACCGUUCAGAUACCAUGACAUUAGCCAAAUCAGAGAAUUGGGGCGGCAUAAUUCUGAUCAGGCGUACAUGUGGCACUACCCCCGCCCCCAUCUCUCUAUGAUGGGCAACGUGCAGGAUACGAGCCACACCUACACCCAAAGGAGAUUCUGGUGGGGAGGCCGUGUUAAAGUUCCAAGCCAACCCCACCCCGCUUUCGUGCGGGAGGCGCUUAAGGCCGCCGAAACGGGCGACAUCGGCAAACUCCGGAAAAUAUACUCAUGCGUUCGAGGGGGUAUAACCAAAUUGCGCUGCGAGACGACCCUGACCACGCCGCUACACGCAGCUGCCACCAACUCGCACGGCUACAUUGUUAAAUAUCUCCUCGGGAAUGGAGCUGAUCCCAAUCUUCAAGACAGCUCCGCCGAAACUCCACUGCACACUGCGGCCAAAGCAGGGGCUACCGAGUGUCUCCUGCUGUUGUUGCAAGCCAAGGCUUUAGUUGAACUAGAGGACGCGUGGGGAAGAACCCCCUUGUUGAAGGCCGUGGUCUACAAUCGGCCGAAGUGUGUGUAUUGGUUGUUGGACGCUGGCGCUAAGACCAACGUCCUGGACCACGAUGGCCUAUCCCCCGUUCAUGUUGCGGCCAGCUAUGGUCAAGUGUCGCUUCUGAGAAAGCUGGUUAAACAUGGAGCGAGGUUGGACGUUGUUAAUCGUAAAGGAAAGCUGCCCAUAUCCAAGGCUAUCAACGCCGGUCAGGUCACAAUGGUGCAAGAACUCAUCAAGUACGGCGCGAGGACGUACCACGAGGAACACUGUGUCGUGAAAGACGCCAUUUCCAAACUUGCUCAAUCCCACCCUGCCGCGAAGGAGAAUGACAUUGCGAACUACAAGAUGGUUGAAACUGUGAUAUCCGCCCAUGGCUACACGCUGGACGAGGAGAACUUAGAACUCUUUCUGUCCAUAUUUCGAUCACUUGACCCGAAAUUAUUCCUACCGAUUUUGAUGAGGUUGGCGUUGGUGUCGGGGAAGCCAAAGUCAAGCACCCCUCACCAAUUAGCACUACACCAUGUAGACCAGCUGCAGAAAUUUCUUCCUGACGACUUCAAACUAUUUUCUCUUGAAAACUUGGCCAAAAGAAAGGUUCGUGCUUGUCUGAUGGAUUCAGGGCGGAACGUGGCUUGGGCCAGUGCCAAACUUGAUGUGGCACCAAUGCUGAUCAAAAUUAUUUUAUUACAAGAUGUAUUUUGACAACAUAUAAUGGACAUAUUCUGAUCACAAUGGCAUGUGCUUGCCUUAAAAAAGGGUCACACUUCUAAAAUGUCAUUUUUUUUAUAGCUUGUUAUCAGCUAGCUUCGGCAAGCGCAUCUCCCUACUGAUCCCCAUGGGCUGAUCCAGAGUGGGGGUGGGGGCGACUCGUUUUGAAAACCAGAUAUAGUAUCUUGUAAGGCAGUAAAAGUCGUGCGAGAGAGGAUUUUGACAUUUUAUAAACGCUGGAUCCGCCCUCCCUAUGAACGAUUUCGGUAUUGACUUGUCGCCACAUAGAGCUACUGGCCGCCCCCGCAUUUUCAUUAAAGAUCCCCUAUCCAUAUCUGCUACGGUGGCCCAUACCCGCCACUGGUGAGAUCAUUUUACACUGUAUGCCUCUACAUUUUAUCUUGCGGCCGCCAGAAUCUUCCAUUGGUGAGAUCAUUUUAUUCACUGUAUGCCUCUAUAUUUUAUCUGGCGGCCGCCAGAUACUUCCACUGGUGAGAUAAAAUAUAGAGGCUUACAGGAGAAAAUGAUCUCACCAGUGGAAGAAUCUGGCGGCCGCCAGACAAAAUAUAGAGGCAUACAGUGUAAAAAUGAUCUCACCAGUGGCGGGUAUGGGCCACCGUAGCAUCGCACUGCAUCUGUUUCACAUGUGUCGUGAUCUUACAAGUGCAACAUGAUUCACUUCCUGAGACACUCGCCUUCAAAUGCGUGUAAUUCUAUUUUAGACGGGGCACGGGUGGCCCAGUCGUCUAAGGCGCCGCAAUUCGCUGUGCAGAGUUGCGUCCCUUUGGGCUCACCAGAAACCUAUGAUUGUGGGUUCGAAUCCCGGUUCGCCCCGAUUAUGUUUCUAGGUUUGUCUGCACCACAUUAAGCUGACACGCCGUGGUAUAACUGUAAUACUGUUAAAAGCGGCGUUAAACCCAACUCACUCACUCACUCAUUGUCAGCCUAUGAAGACUGUACAUAAUGCCACGGAAGGCGAACAAGAAAUACGUGCUUAAAAUGUAUAACUGCAGGAGUUUUUUUGGUCUUUUUGAGCUGAAGGUCACGAGAUAUAGCUUUCAUAUUCGCCGUUUUUUUUACGGUAAAAUUAAAAUGAUGAUUAAAAAACGAAACAUUCCUGUGUUUUUUAUCAGGAAAUCAGGAGCAAAUCGC